AGACUGGAGACUGGCGAUCGGGAUUUGUAUGACAGCAAGAUGAGUUUGCGUUUCAGUCUGGCGCUGCUGCUGCUGGUCGCCAUGUCGCAGCUGUGGCAGCAGGUCGACGGCAGGAAGAAGCUGUGCGGCGACGCACUCAACGAGGCCCUUGACCUGAUAUGUGUUAAUGGAUUUUCACGCAGAAUCAAACGCGAUUCGGACCGUAGCCCCCGGACUCCCGAGCAGGCGCUGCGGCGCAAAUGGCAUCUCCUGGCACUGAGGCAACAACUGGAUGGAACCACCGAUCAACCGGUACCGGCUGGAGGACUGGAGGACCGCCACCUAAUCAAUGAGCCUGACGGCGCUACACGUGAGCUGCGACGCCCACGUCGCAGGAUAACGCACGAGUGCUGCAAACAGGGCUGCAGCUACGACGACAUCCUGGAAUACUGCGCCUAGCGGGGCAACCAAUCGAUUGGACAUGGUAUGGCUGGCUGGCGGGCAACUCUGA